AUGGCUGUCAUCCGUCGGCAGGAGUUUUUUAAAAGUCGUCGUUCUUCGCCGGUGCCGUUCUUUUCCGGUCGUUCUUCGGUGGUCGACUACUACGAUGGCCGUCUGGCAGAUGGCAACCAAUUAUUGAACACGUCAGAGAUGGUAUUCGCGAUGUACUACGCGCCAUGGUGUUUGGCUAGCAUCGAAGCUCGUGACCAGUUCGAUGCACUGGCAACUCAUUUCGGUCAGCGUCGUGGUCUGUUUGUAGCAGUCAACUGUUGGGAUCCGGGCGGAAGAUGCCGUCAGGAGAAGAAAAUGCACGGCUAUCCGCUGCUCGAAUUGUCUACCACCGCCAAUGCCCGGCUUCGCUAUCGCGGUGUCGUAUCCGCCGAUCACAUGUACAGAUUUUUAGAAGUUUCAACCGAUCCCCUGCAGAGACUGCAGAACGAUAUGGACGUGACUGAGUUUUUGGCAAUGGUCGAGGCGCGCGUCGUCGGCUACUUCAACUUCGAUUGUCGUUCGAAAGCUCGAGGAUACACUAGUUUUUACCUGGCUUCCUUGAAGGCUUUGGAAAAGGAUCCGCUCCGAAACGCCGUCGUCUUUGCCGUUGUUACAGACCCAAUGGUAGCUACCAAGCUCAAUCUGACCGACAGU